AUGUCUCUCAGGAUCCCAGCCAGUGUCCCAAAGGAACUAUCUCCCAACUCACUCACACCAAUUCCAUCACUCAUCGAACCAUCAGAUAUUUCACGAUUCGAAGCCAAACGUCUCUCACUACGAACAGUCAUUAAAAAGACUCCUAUAGCAUAUGCAGAUCACAUCGAAGCAAUCGACAUGUACCUGCCACACCUCCUCGCAGCACUAAACGCAUCACGACAGAAACCCGGUGUCAUAAAACACAAUGCAGCAUUCAAAUGGAAGUCAACACUAUCUGCCCGAGUCCGUAAAGUCAAGAAAGUGACGCAUCCUAAAGUAUCUGGAAGCACGCUAUGGUUUGAGUUGACGUACGUGUUACUGAAUAGAGGAUACGCGCUAUGUAAUAUGGCAACGGCAAUGAUGGAAGCUCGGGGAAGUAACGAUGACGAGUUCAGAUUGAACCAAGCAGCUGAUAAACUUAUACAAGCUGCAGGCACAUUCACAUACAUAGCUGACGAAGUACUUGUACACUGGAAGACUCCAGUCGCCGACCGACCACCUGAGGGAGAUCCAUCUGUAGUCCGUGCACUAGCACUAAUGGCAUUAUCAGAUGGCCAGUUGCUAGCUAUUAGGAAGGCGAGACUGAAGUCAAUGAGUAAUUCGACACUGUCGAAACUGUAUAUAGACUGUGCAGUCAAGUAUGAAGAAGCAUUGGCUCUUUUCCGUGUAAGGAUGCAGGCAUCAUCGUCGGGACCACUUUCUAUCGUAAAGAGUGGCGAGCUUGAUGGGGAUUUAGUGCAGGCUGCUCAAUGUGGGGUAGCGUAUUGUCGAGCUAUGGUGGAGCGAUGUCUUGCUGUUGAUGUGUAUGAGAAGGGUGAAAUAGGAAAAGCCGUAGCACUCAUUAAAAACGCACUGAAAAGAGUCCAAUCAGCUCACCAGACCGAAUCCAACAACCAAACAUAUCUAUUAAACACACUCAAUGCCGAACAAAUCGAACUGAAAUUACUCGCAGACACUUAUAUCCGUGUGAACGACUCUGUAAGCUUCCAACCAGUACCCUCUAUAGCAUCUCUAGGCAACAUAUACCCUCAACCACGAUCACUAUUGACAGCCAAGAUAUUCAUCCCACCGCCAUUCGCAUUUGGUAAUGAUGUUGGAGUGAUUAGCUACGGAAAGCCUAAUAUGGAGAUGGAGAUUGAACAGUUGUCGAAACUGUCGAUUCGCAGUGACAGUAGUGGAAGUAAUGGUAAUUCUACGUCGCAGAAGGGUGUAGGUGGAAUGGCAGGAACAUCUAGUGCUUACUACUGA